AUGGUGACGAUGGUUCAGAAUAUGACGACUUUUACGGUAAGAAAUGGUAAAGACAUCUGCUUUUGGAAGGAUCGUUGGCUAGACAGGGGAAAAUUGCAGGACUUGUUUCCAGUAAUUUACAAGGCGGUGAAGGCUAAGGACGCAACAAUUUUUGACAUGAUAGCAAAUGAAGUCUGGGUUUGGGAUUUUAAGAGACCAUUAAAUUCAAAUGAGCAAUUAGAAUGGGACCUACUGAGGAGUGACUUAAAUCAGGUUCCCGAGCUUGUAGAAGAGGACGAUAAAAUGGAGAUUAUGGGGAACUUCAAUGUUUCAAGAUGUUAUGAAAGACUUUCAGGCAACCUUGAAGAGUGCGGCUUCGAUGAGUCCCUUUGGAAAGGUAACAUUCCAAACAAGGGAUAUGUUACGACAUCGGGGUGUAAAUAUUGA